AUGGCGGCGAAGCGGAAGGUGUUAGUGUGGGUUCGACCAGACGGUAGGGCCGAGAGGUAUGAGGGUGAACAUAGAAGUUUACAGUUAGAAUAUAAGGAGACACGGAUGAAAUACGAGGGGUUCCGUGCAUGUGGUUAUAACAUAGGAAUGGGUUAUACUGGACUGGUUCCACACUACUGUAAUGAUGAGAAUCCUUGUUGUGACUUAGUCCUCCUUUAUGCCAAGAUGGGCAUACAUUGUUACAACCUUCUCCAUGGGAAAGAAUUGCAGCUGAUUAGGGUAAAGAAAUACAACAAGUCCGUGGGUGGUGGUUGUGUUAUUUCAUCUUACUACAUGACUUGCGAAUCCAAAGAUCCAGCAGCGACCCGUGGUUCGGUUAGAACUUUUCAGGCUGUAGUUUGUGAAGACUCGUAUAACAGAUUCUAUUUGACUUGCAGUGUCGCUAGGCUUGUAGGGAAUGGGAAUGGUGAAAAGCACAAGAAAACUGUCAGGGGUUACGGUGCCCUCACCAGUCUCAUGCCUAAGUUGCCGGCGGAGGAUCCUUUCAAAGAGGAUGAUACUAUUACUAGCCGGUUUUACGUGUUCAAGGAAUCGGAGCUUCAAGAGAAAGACUGGAUCCGUCUGUAUUUGGAGCUUGCGGUUGCCACAAGCAAUAGGCAAAGCGCUAAGAUACACAGUCUGACCAAUUUGAAGAUUCUGAAGGCGGCUAUGGAAAUCACAGGAGACCCGAAUGGUGCAAUUAUCUACAUAAGGUACGAGGACUCCUGCGAGGCUCGAGUUGGUAAGGAUGUCGAUCGCAUUGCUCUUGUCAGAAGAAUCUUUGAUAAGGAUAACGAAUCCUUGAUUCUUGUGGGUUGUAAUCAGAGCUUCAUAGCAAGUGCUCCCCUCGAAGCUGGCUCGUCCUCUUCACAAGACUGA